AUGUUUUCUAAUUACAAUCCUCACCCUGCCUUCUGCCUCUUAAUUUCUCUCCUCAUCCUUCAUUCGAUCAUAUCUACUUCUUCAUCUCAUCAUGUGGUGUAUAUAGUAUAUUUAGGGCACAACCGUCUAGGUGAUCCUACUAUCACCUCCAAAUAUCAUCUUUGUCUACUCUCUAAAGUAUUUGCAAGUUGUUGCAGUGAAGAAGAUGCUAAUGGAGCCAUGUUGUACAGCUACAAGCACAGCUUUUCGGGAUUCUCGGCCAAGCUUAAUGCAAGCCAGGCAAUGGAGUUAUCACAGAUGGAAGUAGUGAUAUCUGUAUUCAGGAGUAAAACGCUGCAACUCCACACAACAAGAAGCUGGGACUUCUUAGGCCUUCCCCUUCCGCCCCCGCCCACUAGGACGCCACUUCCGCCGCAGCUUGCCUAUGGAUAUGACGUUGUUGUUGGCGUCUUCGAUUCAGGCGUGUGGCCGGAAUCCGAAAGUUUCCAAGAAGCGUGGUCCAUGGGUCCAGUUCCAUGCAGUUGGAAGGGAAAAUGCGUGAAGGCGUACAGGUUCGACCCUGAAUCAGCCUGCAACUGGAAGCUCAUCGGUGCUCGCUACUAUCUCAAAGGCUUCGAAGCCAAAUACGGAGCGCUGAACGUGAGUGGCAGUGGCAACCCGGAGGAGUUCCCCUCCCCACGAGACUUUCUAGGGCAUGGAACUCACACCGCCUCCACCGUCGUGGGCUCCGUUGUGGAGGAUGUGAGUUUCCUCGGAGGCGGACUAGGUAGGGGAAUUGCCCGAGGAGGAGCUCCCAGGGCUAGGCUGGCCGUCUACAAGGUGUGCUGGGGAAAGGACUACCAAGGCAAGUGCACGGAGGCGGACUUGAUGGCCGCCUUCGACGAUGCUCUGCGCGACGGAGUGCACGUCAUCUCCGCGUCUUUAGGAGGAACGCCGCCGUUGGAUCCGUUUCUAGACUCCAGCGCUGGCAUCGGCUCGUUCCACGCAAUGCAGCAGGGAGUGAGUGUGGUUUUCUCAGGCGGCAACGACGGGCCCCAUCCCUCCCUCGUCCAAAAUGUGUCUCCCUGGAGCAUCUGCGUUGCCGCUUCAACUACUGAUCGAACCUUCCCCACUCAAAUUCAAAUACUUCUCCCCAACCGCCGCAUCUCUAUCACCGGCGACAGCUUGAUCACUGAAAGCAUAACUAACGCAAAACUGGCAGAUGCAAUCAACUACUUUACGGACGGAAUUUGCGAGCGGGCGAGUAUAAGGAAAGCUAGUAAAUCAGGUGCAGGGAAAGUGGUGCUUUGCUUCUCCACCAUUGGUCCAACUUCCAUAGAGGUAGCACAGGAAGCGGUGAUGACCAUCAAUGCCUCUGCUCUCAUAUUCGCUGCGCCCCCUACCACGCAGCUACCUGACCUAGAUCUCAUCCCCACAGUUCGACUUGACAUUACUCGGGCAACUCAAAUUAGAAAUGUCCUUACCGAAUUGCCCAGACUGCCAGCAGUGGAGAUAGGAGUUGCGAAAAAUGUGAUCGGGAAAUCGGGGGCUCCCAGCGUGGCCUACUUCUCGUCCAGGGGACCGAGCUCACUUUCACCUGAAAUUCUCAAGCCAGACAUAAGUGCCCCUGGAGUGAACAUAUUGGCAGCAUGGCCUCCGGAAACUGCUCCAACAGUGAGGCCGGGGCCGAAAGGCUCCGGCCAUGUCAAGUGGAAUUUCCAGUCAGGGACUUCAAUGUCAUGCCCUCACGUCUCCGGCGUUGUCGCCCUCAUCAAAUCUGCGCAUCCCAAGUGGUCACCUGCAGCCAUUAGAUCUGCCCUCAUCACCACAGCCACCAGGAGGGACUCCACUGGUGACACCAUUCUAGCAGGUGGGUCCAUGAAAGCAUCUGACCCCUUUGACGUUGGUGCUGGCCAAGUCAAUCCCUUGAAAGCAUUGGAUCCAGGGCUAGUCUACGACAUGACGGCCAAUGAUUAUAUUCCCUUUCUCUGCAGUCUUGGGUACACAGAGCACCAAAUCAGGAUGCUUCUCAACCCUUCUCCUGAUCAGGCUCACACCCCCCUUUGCUGUCCUUCUAAUUUGGUUGCCAAUCUCAACUAUCCCUCCAUUACACUUACACGUCUCCACUCCACCACUACCAUCAAAAGGACCCUUCGCAAUGUGGCACCAAACAAGAAUGCGGUCUAUUUUCUUAGAGUGCUUCCUCCCAGUGGAGUGCGGGUGGUGGUAUGGCCCAGGAUUCUGUUUUUCUCUUGCUUCACCCAACGCAUUUCAUACUAUGUUACCAUAACGCCGCUCAAGAAAUCUCGACCAAGAUAUGAUUUCGGGGAGAUUCAAUGGUCAAAUGGCUUCCAUAGCGUCACAAGUCCUCUGGUAGUAAACACAUAAUAAUAAUAAUAAUAACAACAAUAAUAAUAAUGUUAAUCCUAUUCUUAUCUUUAAUAAAUCUCAUCUUAUCAAAUAUCAACCAUGCUUCUGAUAUGUCAUAAAGGUACGGUUGUGUUCCCUUGUC